AUGCCUGUCCACAGCAGCAAGCAAUGGGUGGCAGAGUUCUUUGGAGUGCUUGCAUAUAAAAAGAAGGAGGGCAGUGAGCCAAUAAUCAUGAUGCUUUGGCUGAAAUACUUUACAAUCUUGGUCCUCUUGAUACUGUCAGCAGUGGUUGCGUUGGAGGAGGAGAUGAAAGACUGUCGGGAAGCAAACAGUGGUCAACUGAUUCCACAUGAGAGCAAUUGCCAGUACUUCUAUCGAUGCUCGAAGAAUCAGUGGGAGGAGAUGAGCUGCCCGCCAUUAACAGUAUUCAAUCCAGACUUAUUGCGUUGCGACCAUCCGGCAAAUGUGCCGCAAUGUGCGAAACGUAGUUAAGCACAGAAUCAGAUAGCGUACUUCUUGAUGUUAGAGUCAUGCUAACCACUGAUACAGACUUUAAUUCCUGUGCUCGAAGUCGAUGGGAACUGUGACACUUUGUGAUUAUUGCCUGUCAUCUGUAAUAAUAAUUGUUUACUUUCAAUAAUGCU